GUUGCGUGCAGAUCCAGGCUGAACUUCUCCCGGAAGACUCUGGACUUCAUCACGGGAUCGAGGAUGCUGCGCGUUUCUCUGCUGGUCUUGAUCCUUCUCGCAAAGGCAUCCAGCUUAAAGAUUCAGAACAAGCUGGUAGGUAAAUGUCUGCAGGUGCAAGACGGAACCUGGGGAGGCAGAGUGUCUCUGGGGGAGUGCAGCCCAUAUUCACCAGUACAGGAGUGGAGCUGGCUUCCGGAGAGCCAGGCUCUCAGCAGUCACCACACUGGGGAGUGUCUGACGGCCCCGGCAGAGCAGUAUGAAGGGGUCCACCUGCAGCCCUGCAUUUCAGGGCCUGAAAGCGACGGGGCUGGCGAUGGAGGGGCAGCAGCGGAAAUGGGCAGUGAGCAGAACAGCCAGGCGUGGUCCUGUUCCAAGAAAGGCCACCUCACUUUGAUGGGGAGGGGAGUGCACCUCAGUGCCACUCCACAAUCCACUUUGGUAUACCUAUCACGGGAACAUAAACAGCAGGGCAGCAGGUGGCGGACACUUGACAACCAGACAUUGUGCAAUGGGAGAGAAAGAAAACAUAACCAGCACCAAGAUCAAACCCACAUCUAUGUGGGAAAAUCUUUGGGAGCUGGGGUUUUUCCAAGUGCCGAUGAAAACAGGGAAGCUGCUGAACCAUUUGAAGGUACAAUGGAUGUCAAGGUCACAGAAACAUAUCUGGUGAUGAAUGGGACUCAUUCACCCCAGAUCACCAAAUCCCCUGCAGAUCCCACCAUGGUUUUCUUCAGUAUGGAUUAUGGGAUGGCCUGGAAGAUAACCAUGCUGGUCCUAAGCUCUUUGGCUCUGGUCCUGGGGACUGUGAUUCUUAUCCUGAAUGUUUACUCCAAUAGCAGGAGGAAGAAGGUGGUGUGUGUCUUGAAGUCGUACAACGUGAGGCCACAGGCGAGUGUUCCUGGGUCCCCCGUGGCCAAUGAGAGGGCCCCGCUGACAGAGCACGCCAUGCGCCUCCCCCACUCCUCCCCCACUGUACAUCGGGGAGAGAUCCUGAUUGAGUGGAAGGACGGCACCGUUACACCGCUGUAUGAGGCCUGAAGGCGGUGCUGUUUGUGAGGGUUUGGACAUGGGUGUGUAUAUGUGUGCAUGAUAUACAAAACAAUUGAUAAACAAGAGGCAAAGUAAUGUUUCAGACUGCUGGCAUCAGAGAGAUACAGGGAAAUGGAAAGUUCAUGGCUCGAUAUCAGGCCAUUUUUUAAGGCUUAGAUGCCAGAGGAAGAUAAAAGCUGCUGAGAAGCUGCCAGAAAAGAAAAAGAUUGAGUUUGAGCUGGGCUUUGACCGUUUAAAGAUACUGAGUCCUGACUGCAAAAUAAACCUUUAGGCGUUCAGAUAUUGUUUGUAGACGUAAUAUAGGUAUCAUGUAAGAGCUCAACAAAGCCACUGAUAGCUUAGGCCUUUAGUUUGAUAAAUAAACACUAAUCUUUGUUUGCUGUAAGACCCAAAUCACUGUAGAUGAAGACCUGAUCCGGUUGUCUUAGUUUAAUGUUGUCAUCUAAUAUGACUCACCUCGGCCGCUGAGACUUAAUGCACUUAAUAUGAGGAUUAAUAAGAAUAUUAACAGUUGUGUUGCACUGUACUUUACUGUGUUGUGUUGCCAGAAACAGUGUUUGGAGAAAGUGGUCGUGACAUAAUUCAGUAUCAUUGAACGUCAUGUACUUACUGAAGAUGAUUCAGAAGAAAGUCUGAACACAGUUUAACUAUGAAAUGUUAAGUAAUGGUCUGACACUGUAAAUCGUUCACUACUGUUGAUUUCAUAAUGCACUUUGCUUUAAAACUACAGUACCAUUUUUUUUAUAUGUAAAUUCUAAUUUAAUGUUUGUAAUGCAUGAUGAACGUUCUGGACCCUGGUAACAGCAUUUGUCAACACAGUCUCCACUCAAUGGCUGUCGACAAGCUUUUUUAUGGAGCGUUCAACGGUAUUCAAAAGUCUUAAUUUGUGGGCUGAGCAGUAACUGAACACUAGAUCUCUGAAGUUGCCAGCAAACGUUUUCAGACAUGAACUUGCAGAGUUGUGUCGUGACUUUCUCCGGAAGUUUUGCUUUCACACAUGAACAACACACCAGCAGAUCGUGUCUCUGCUCAGACACGAUAGAGGCACAAUAAUGUGUUAUGGGAUAGUUCACUAAUCGUAAAUUAAUUACUCACCACUAUGCCGAUGGAGGGUUGGGUAAAGUGUUUGAGUCCACAAAAGCCUUUUGGAGUUUCAGGGGUAAACAGUGGUGCAGCUCGUCGGAAAAGACAUCAGCAAACAUUUAGGAUGACACUGCAGGAGCAGUAUGGAGGCAUGUUGUGUUGUUUCUGUUUAUUAUGUUUAAGCUUUGCUCACUAAUUUCUGCAAUUGUGUUGGAAUCUGCUGCAACUCUGUUUACCAUGAACCUCAUAAAGUGUUUUUUUGGACUCAAACACUUCUCCCACCGCUCCAUCGGCACAGUGGUGAGUAGAUAGUGAGUGAAUUUUCUUUUUUGGGUGAACUAUCCCUUUAAUGCUCUUGAAGCUAGAUACGAAAAUCCACGGUUACCCAUGGAGUGAUAAUGAAAACAUAUCCUGGGUAUUUUGAACUCACUUUGUCUUGUAUUAUUUAUACUAUGGUAUAUUUUACUAAAAUGUUUUCUAAAGCUGUGAACUUCCUAAUUAAAAGUCAAACUGUA